AUCGCCAUCGUCAAUCGCUCGGUAGCGAACGCCAAACUGCUGAUCAGCCAAGUACAAGAUGAGAACCAGCGUCUGCGGAAGUCCUCAACAACCCUGCGGGUUCUGACCCCAUUAGUCACGGAUUCGAGGCUGAGAUGGCAGAGGCAAUUGGAUCAGCAGAUGCUAUAUUCUGCAUGUCAUCUUGUAAAUGACAGGAGUGGACACAGGUCAUGCUAUGUCUCGAGCAUCGGAUCAUGGCAGCCGGACAUGGUAGAUCUUACUCCCGGUCUUUUAGUGAGCGCAUCCGCCUCCAUCAAUGGCAUAGUCAUCGUCGACGACCUAAUAGCAACACGGGCGAGUGUGGCGAUCUCAUUCAGAGUGGGCUGCGAGGGAUCAAAUCCAAGAGCUGGGUGCUUGCCUAUCCACACACGGACGUGACUCUAGUCCUGUCUCGAGAACAGGCCCACAGCACUUUCGGGAUGGGCUGGUUGUCUAUAAGAGUAUUGGUUUUCGUAUCACGGAUAUGGCUGUGGCUGAUUUCAUUGUCGAGCUUGCGAUGAAGAUGGGGAGCGGCACCAUUGUACAUGGUAUAUAG